CUAGCUCCCGGAGGACCGGCCUGGGUCAGUGUCCGGCCGGCCUCGUACUGCGGGGCCCGGCCCCGCUCAGCCUGGGGCCUCGGAUCUAGCCUUGGGGCAGGGUUCAAUACGGCGCUUGGGGCGAGCCGAAGUCCCUGGGGCGGGCUGGGGUGGAAGGAGGGGAGGGUUCUCUGGGAAAGGGCUCUGAGAACCACGUGGGGGCGCUCGAAGGGGACUGGGCCACCCUCCUCUCUGGGUCAAAGGUCACCGCAGCGGUUGGGGAGAACUUCUUCCUCCUCAGCUCUUUUCAUUUACUUCCUGAUAACCUGAUAGAGGUCCCCCGCAGGAGGAGGGGGAGGGGAGGAUAGCAACUUUGGGUAACUUCGCAUAGGUGUGCGCAGGUUAGGGGGUGGGGCGCCCCAUGAAGUGGUGGACUCUGCGGCAUGCUUGGGGUGCAAGGAGGUGGAGCCACACCCGGUGGUGUGGCUGGAACUGGGCAUGCUGGGGCAGGAGGGGGCGGCGUGUCUUAAGUGAGAGGCUGUUCUUUCUCACAGGAGUCUAUGCCACGGUGACCAGCGCCAUGUCCAGCCAGGUGGUGGGCAUUGAGCCUCUGUAUAUCAAAGCAGAGCCAGCCAGCCCUGACAGUCCAAAGGGUUCCUCAGAGACCGAGACUGAGCCCCCUGUGACCCUGGCUCCUGGUCCAGCUCCUGCCCGCUGCCUCCCGGGGCACAAAGAGGAGGAGGAUGGGGAAGGGGCUGGGCCUGGUGAGCAGGGCAGUGGAAAGCUGGUGCUCAGCUCCCUGCCCAAACGCCUUUGCCUGGUCUGUGGGGAUGUGGCCUCUGGCUACCACUACGGUGUGGCAUCCUGUGAGGCCUGCAAAGCCUUCUUCAAGAGGACCAUCCAGGGGAGCAUCGAGUAUAGCUGUCCAGCCUCCAACGAAUGCGAGAUCACCAAGCGGAGACGCAAGGCCUGUCAGGCCUGCCGCUUCACGAAGUGCCUGCGGGUGGGCAUGCUCAAGGAGGGGGUGCGCCUUGACCGAGUCCGGGGAGGGCGACAGAAGUACAAGCGGAGGCCAGAGGUGGACCCACUGCCCUUCCCGGGCCCCUUUCCUGCUGGCCCCCUGGCAGUAGCUGGAGGCCCCCGGAAGACAGCCCCUGUGAAUGCUCUGGUGUCUCACCUUCUGGUGGUUGAGCCUGAGAAGCUGUAUGCCAUGCCUGACCCUGCUGGCCCUGAUGGACACCUCCCAGCUGUGGCUACCCUCUGUGACCUCUUUGACCGAGAGAUUGUGGUCACCAUCAGCUGGGCCAAGAGCAUCCCAGGCUUCUCGUCACUGUCGCUAUCUGACCAGAUGUCAGUGCUGCAGAGUGUAUGGAUGGAGGUACUGGUGCUGGGUGUGGCCCAGCGCUCACUGCCCCUGCAGGAUGAGCUGGCCUUCGCUGAGGACUUGGUCCUGGAUGAAGAGGGGGCACGGGCAGCUGGUCUUGGGGAGCUGGGAGCAGCCCUGCUGCAGCUGGUACGGCGCCUGCAGGCCCUACGGCUGGAGCGUGAGGAAUAUGUCUUGCUGAAGGCCCUGGCCCUUGCCAACUCAGACUCUGUGCACAUUGAAGACGCUGAGGCUGUGGAGCAGCUGCGAGAAGCCCUGCAUGAGGCCCUCCUGGAGUAUGAAGCUGGUCGGGCUGGCCCUGGAGGGGGUGCUGAGAGGCGGCGGGCAGGCAGGCUGCUACUCACUCUACCACUUCUCCGCCAGACCGCGGGCAAAGUGCUGGCCCAUUUUUAUGGGGUGAAGCUGGAGGGCAAGGUUCCCAUGCACAAGCUGUUCUUAGAGAUGCUUGAGGCCAUGAUGGACUGACGCAAGGGGUGGGACAGGUCAGGGCACUGACAGGACCUACUCAGCAUGGGGUCAGCCCUAAGUGGGCAGACUGGGGUCUGGGCAGUGCUACAGCCUGCUGGCAGGGCCAGGGCAACGCCAUCAGCGCCUGGGAGCAGGCCCCAUGCCCUCCUCUCCCCCAUUUGGGGGGUAUCAGGAGCUGGGAAUGUGAAUGCCCAGACUCUGGGCACAGUGCUGCCCCUUGCAAGCCAUAAUGUGCCCCCAAGAGUGUAGGGGGCCUUGCGGAAGCCAUAGUGGGCUGCAGGGGAUGUGGCAGGCAGAAACCUGAUCUCAGGGAGGGAAGGGGAUGGAGCCCAGAGUCUCCCAGUGGGUGAUGCUUUUGCUGCUGCUUAAUCCGACUUCCUCUCCAGAGUAGAGGGGGACUUGGGAGAGCAAAGGUCCCUGCCCCCUUCGCUCCUAUCCUCAUCAUUUGCAUUGGGCAUUAGUGCCCCCUCCUCAAAGCAAUAACUCCAAGCAGGCUCCAGCCCCUGGACCCCUGGGGUGGCCAGGGCCCCCCAUGAGCUCCCACCUAGCCUCCUCAGGGGGUCAGGAGAGCACUGCCUCUAUGCCCUGCAGAGCAAUAACACUAUAUUUAUUUUUGGGUUUGGCAAGGGAGGCGCAGGGACAGGGAAAGCCAGGGCCCAGAGCCCUUGACUAUACAGAGACUCUAUUUUAAUGUAUAUUUGCUGCAAAAAGAAACCGCUUUUGGUUUUGAACCUUUAAUGAGAGAAAGAAAAAAAAAAAGAUAUUACUAUGGAGCUCAAGAACACUGUGUUUGAUGUGUCACUGCGUCAAAGUCUGGGGCUGAGCAUGGGAGGGCAGAAUAUUCAACAAAUAUUGACAGGGUCACAAAAUGUCAAGCUGGCUGGUGUCUGUCAGUUAGGUCUCCGUUUCCUCAUCAUUCAGCAGCAUGUUGGGGAUCCCACGACUGAUGGGGAACAGACGUCCA